CACGCGAAAAGCAGUACUGGAGCAGACAAACUGAGCGUGGCCGGCUGCAGCAUAGCACAGCGGCUGUGGAGACAUUGAGGGCUCAGAUCAGGAGUUGGCAGAAGACAUCGGGGGAAACAACAAUGACUUUGAGGCAAAAUAUCGCAAAUGCUGUCCGGCAGUCCAGCCUGGCCAAAUCCAGCCGGAUGGGAGAGCUCUUGAACCGGUUUGAACGCGGCUUGCCCUGCGGCACCCCGGAGGACAUUGAUUUCCUCAUCGAUGAAAUUGUGCAGCGUAUUGAAGAGCGGUUGCUGCGUAGGAUGGCUGAACGUCCCGAUCUUGCAAUUUACCAAGCCAGUGACAGAGACGAGAGAGGUGCAAGAGCCGGUCAACUCCCAGCGUGUCCACGUCGCACUGUAACCGAGACUGCCUUGCGACACCAAGCCCGCCUGCUUGUCGAGCAAGUCUUGAAGAUUGUCUUGCGACGCCUCCUGAGGCAGACGAAAGUGAAAUCAGACGGAAGACGAUCCAAAGAGCUCGGAAGGGCAGUUGAGACUUCCAACGAGUACCGACCGUCGACGAGUAAGGAUGAAGAUGUCAAAGUGAGCCCACAAAUUGUCAAGAGGUAUUACCAUGUGAUGUCGAGCCAGCCAGCUGGGUCAAGCCGCCGACCCUUGCAGACGCAGCAAACGGCAGUGGGUGGUACGAGCGCACUCAAACAAGAGCCUCAAGCGCACCACCGACUUGUCUUCAGGGACGGCGAAUCGGCGCGCACAGCCGCAACCUACGCACUGAGAAAAGCGGCCAAGACCUCCUUGCGACGAUACAGUGUGGCUGGCAACGUCAAGGCGCUUAUGUGUGCUGUGGAGUGGGGAGGGUGUGACGAUGAUGUGCAGAUUAUUGCUGAACCACCAAGUAAGAGCGUCACUUCUCCCAUAUAUCAAGAUGUCAAAAUACUUCUCAAGUCAAGUGCUGAUCCUUGUGACGACCGAGAGCCUGGCCAGAGCCCUCGUGAGGAUGUCCCGGUGGAAUACCCUCUCACUGCACUGUCCAUUCCAUCCAAACGACAGCCAAGGCCACAGGCUGGAGGAGUGGACCAGCUUCUGAACUCCAGCUACACCUACGCCCGGCGUGCUGAGAUCAAGAGAGCCCUGCCUAAAUUUCUGGUGUCCAGUUCCCGUGAUGCCAUGAUGACCAUGUUCAACGCGAUCCGAGCUGCGAUGGCCGAGGAGGAAAUCGAGAACCCAGAUUAUGCCAACAUUCUGGUCACUCUGAUGGACCGAUCACGAGACGAGAAGGAUUUCCCCCAGCAAGCCAAAACCUCCAAGCAAAAGGAAAUGACCCCCCUAUCGCCCGCUCCACAGAGCUCCUUGCAGAGUAAGGCAGAGCAAAAGCCGCUUGAAGCUCGUCCCACUGAUUCCAGCGGUAAGCAGGUGCCUAGCAAACCCAUUGCCACACCCAGGGAUCGCUUGAACGCCCGUCAGCAGAACUUCGGCACUCUGGGAACUUACUCGCUGCGUAAAGCUACACGGUCGUGCCUUCGUCACAUGCUACAGAAAGGCAGCUCUUACAACGCUCUCCUCAUGAUGGCGUGCAACGUCAGGCACGGACAAACCGACGAAGAAUUCUGGGAGGAAGCCUUGGACGUGGAUUUAGACGAGACGACAAGGAAGGAAGUUAUCUCGGAUCUUGCAGAUUUUAGCCGCCAGGUCCGUGCUGGUACCACUCAAAGGAUCUACGCUACUGAUGCGGGGCAAGCAUUUGUCAAUAUUGUAGAAGAGGAGAGCCUAGAAAGUGAAACAGGUGACUUUGAAAAACUAACUCACAGGGACGCAUUUGGAAGCCGAUGCCUGGAUGAAGACACCGAUAAGUACAGAAGUGGUGUCCACCCUCAGUCAAACACCAACUACACGUACGGCAUACAUCAGAGCUUGAGACGCCUGCUGCCCAAGUUCACCGGUAGACGACCCUAUGCUGCCUUGAUGCACUACGCCAACAAUAUGAUUACUGAUGUGCACGAGGAGAUGAUUCGCAACGGACAGUUAGUGCCAAUGAUCAACUUUGCAGACGCGAUUAGACCCGAGCUAAGACAGGCUAGAGAGAAGGUAACCCGUGGGGAAGAGCGCUACUCCGAAGCGAUGCCUUCUGACGGUGAUCGCCGGUCAGUUGCUACUCAGACCAGCAAAGUGGUGAUCAAAACAAAAAAUGAGACAAUGUUCGACGAUGCCUACUCUUGGAUCGCCCAGGAAACCAGCAACAAAUACGACACCAACCGGGAGAAACAGAAGUACCAGCCAACGAAUCAGAGUGAUUCAGACAUGCUCUUCCGGUCAGUAGAAGAGAAGGACAGGCUUGAGGAAGAACUAUCCCCGUCUGCCGUCCAGCGAGACGACAUCCUCAAGACGGUAGAAGAACUGCCCGACGAAGGAGCCGAAGAAGACCCAUGGCUCAGUGUGGAGGAACAGGAUGAUGCCGAUACCACCAAGCGUAGCGUGCGGUUUGCCGACGGUAUCAACCCGGGCGAGGCAGGAACUGACGACGAGGAACACACCACCACGUUCUUCCAAAAACUAGGCUACUACGAGAGGGUUGGGAGCGGCGAGUUGCUGCACAAGAAGCCAAAGAAACCCAAGCAGAAGGUCCAAAGUACCGACGAGGCGGACAUUCCACAAGCGACCCUGGAACCAGAAGAGGACGAUGAGCAACGACACGGGGAACCUUCCCAGGAAAAGGCAGCAGAGCAUCCUCAAUUGGAAGAACCACAACCAACCGCCGAGGAAGGUGCCAAGCCAGCACCCCUUUGUAACUGUCUCUAACUCAACACAAACUCAACCAUCUGUACACUGGCAAAACAAAUACACCCCACUGAGUUUUCGAAUUAAAAACCAACAGUUUGACUCCGACUGCCUCUGGCUUAAAUCAGGAAUGAACAUUCAGUAUGAACACUCAUCAAUUACUCAAAGAUUUCCUUAUAGGACCUGAUAACAAUUAUCGUCAAUACGAAUCUUCAUUAAAUAAAAAUACAAGUUGCAAUUUGUCAGUCAAACAACCAACAAACCAAGCCACCCACAUUGACUAAAAAUGAUGAAUCCUUACCUUUUUAUUGUUUGAUGUUUGCAGGCUUUGUGUAGCAGACUUUAUUUAACCUUACUGUGCAUUUCAUCUGCAUUACAUAUUAAAUAUGAUUACACUUGUAAUCUUCGUUGGAUAAAAAGAUAACAAAAUGCAAUAGUAAACGAAAAAAUUAAAAUUGUUACUUCCAUCGAAUCAAUCUGUAUCAGUGUUAAUCACUGGUAGACUAUGCUGUACAUCGCAUCAUCCACGCAAUGAGAUUAAAGCAAAGAAGAAACGUGUCCAAAU